AUGUCUGGACCUGCCGCAGGCUCCACUCCUGGUGGUGCCCUUCCGUCAAUUCCUUCAAGUUUCAGCCUUGCGACCAUACUCCCCCCGGAACCCAAAAACUUUGAUUUCUCACAAGGUGCCGAACGUGACUAUCAUAUCCUCGUCCGAUCCCUAGUCGGCAUCGUUUACGGUCAAGACUACGACGGUAUCUAA